GCUGCAGAUCUGCUCACGGAUGCGGCGGGGAAAGGCACGGCGGAGGAAAACCCUGCAGCGAGAGCACCUGAGUAUCGUGAAGAAGACACUGGUGCGGUGAGGGUGGAUCUGCAUCUGACCUGAUUCCCCAGCAGAACCUCUCGGUGUGUGUGUGUGUGUGUUUGAGCUCGAGGAUGCGUUGGGUUCUCCAUGUUUGGUCCGAGACCGCAGUCAGUGUGUAACGUGAUGUUCUGGCAUCUCUCGGCGGGACUCAAGCUUGAUCAUUUUGCCAUGUGACUGACGAUCCAGCCCUGAACAUGUCCCGCUUUAAAGCUCUGUGUUUGGAUUACUGGCAGGUUUUGUGUCUGCAGCCCAACAGCACAUUUUUCAAAAGUUUGGAGGGGAAUAUUCAAAACAGUGAGCCUGGCCCUUCCUUGGACACCAGCAUAGGAUAUGGCCAUGGCCCUGUCCCGCACAGUGCUUCCUUGAGUCCUGACCAGUUUGAGGGCUCAGUGUACGGCCACAGCAUCCAGUCGGGCCCACAGCGCCCUCAGCGACCCAAACUACAACACUCUCAGUCUAUCCUCCGCAAGCAGGCAGAGGAGGAGGCCAUCAAACGCUCACGCUCCCUCUCUGAAAGCUAUGAGCUCUCCACAGACCUGCAGGACAAGAAGGUGGAAAUGCUUGAGCGGAAAUACGGGGGCCGUUUCAUAACCCGCCAUGCUGCACGCACCAUCCAGACAGCUUUCCGCCGACACCAAAUGAACAAGAACUUUGAACGCCUCCGGAGUUGUAUGUCGGAGAACCGCAUGUCCCGUAGGAUUCUUUUGUCCAACAUGAGGAUGCAGUUUUCCUUUGAAGGAGGAGAGAAAGUCCACGGGUCUGUUUUUGAGGGCAAGCAAACGUCUCUCCUGGAGGAUACCAGCCAAGUAGGAGCCAUGGCUCAAGCUGGAGAGAAGGUUCCUGUUAUCUUGGAGGCCCCAGAACCUCAAAACGAUUUAACAGAUACAAUCACAGAGCUAGAGGACACUUUCUCAAGGCAAGUAAAGUCAUUGGCGGAGUCAAUUGACGAUGCACUGAACUGCCAUAGUCUACGCAAAGAGGAGAUCCAGCCUGAACAAGUUUGUCUGCACCAGGAAGAUGAGCUCCCUCAGCCUGAUGAGCAGCACAAGCUGGAUGAGAUCUGUGAUGUGACACUCUUCAUCGAUGAAGAGGAGCUCUCUCCACUGGUCCAGCCUUCCGGCUCCGCUGACCAGCCCUCCAGCACCCAGGCUGGGCAGUCCGGCUGCUCCUCGCAGGAGUACUGGUCCUCGGGGGCUAAGGAGGACAAGGACACUAGCUAUGGGAGCCCUCCGCCCCUCGAAGGCCAGGGGCCGCAGCUCUGUAAGGACUUACCCCUGUUGACCAUCGAGCCUCCCAGUGACAGUUCAGCAGAUACAAGCCAUGGCUUGGGCCAGCCACAAAAUAACCACGAACAAACCGUAGCAGGACCACAGGCCGGAUCUAAAAACAUCUCGCACGGACUACCUCCCAGAGUUCCCUCGCUUUCUCAAGACGAUGAGCCGCUUAGACACCGGCAGGUGGAGAGCCACCUUCCCGCCAACGGCAAACGGCAGAGCAAGACAGAAUCAGACUUUUCAGAUGGAGACAACGACAGUCUCAACAGCAAUUCAAACUCCAUCGACACAAUAAACUCAGAAUCCUCAUCUCGAGAUAGUCUCAGCAAGCAGACCUACCACAAAGACACUCGCAACAGCUGGGACUCUCCAGCCUUCAGCAGCGAUCUAGUGCGGAAAAGACAAUACCGCAUUGGCCUCAACCUCUUCAAUAAAAAGCCAGAGAAGGGAGUGCAGUACCUGACGGAGAGGGGCUUUAUCCCCGACACGCCCGUGGGAGUCGCACACUUUCUCCUGCAGAGGAAAGGCUUGAGUCGGCAGAUGGUCGGGGAGUUCCUGGGGAACCGGCAGAAACAGUUCAAUAGGGAUGUUUUAGACUGUGUGGUGGAUGAGCUGGAUUUCUCAGGGAUGGAGCUGGAUGAAGCUUUGAGGAAAUUCCAGGCUCAGAUCCGUGUUCAGGGAGAAGCGCAGAAGGUGGAGCGCCUGAUCGAGGCUUACAGCCAGCGCUACUGCAUCUGUAACCCUGAUGUGGUCCGUCAGUUCAGAAACCCUGACACCAUCUUCAUCCUGGCAUUCGCCAUCAUCCUCCUCAACACAGACAUGUACAGCCCCAACGUCAAGCUGGAGCGCAAGAUGAAGCUCGAGGACUUCGUCAAGAAUCUGCGAGGGGUUGAUGACGGAGAGGACAUCCCUCGGGAGAUGCUGGUUGGGAUUUACGAGCGGAUCCAGAAGAAGGAGCUGAAAACCAAUGAUGACCAUGUGUCUCAGGUGCAGAAGGUGGAGAAACUCAUCGUGGGCAAGAAGCAAAUUGGAUCGCAUCACCAGGGCCUCGGAUGUGUGCUGUCUCAGGCUCACCGCAGGCUCGUGUGCUACUGCAGACUGUUCGAAGUCCCGGACCCAAACCGACUGCAGAAACUCGGGCAGCAUCAGCGGGAGAUCUUCCUGUUCAAUGACCUGCUGGUGGUGACCAAGAUCUUCCAGAAGAAGAAGAACUCGGUGACGUACAGUUUCAGGCAAUCUUUCUCUCUGAACGGGAUGCAAGUGAUGCUCUUUGAAAACCAGUUCUAUCCCAACGGUAUCCGGCUGACUUCGGCCAUUCCAGGAGCGGACUUCAAAGUCCUGAUCAACUUCAACGCCCCCAACCCUCAGGACCGCAAGAAGUUCCUCAGCGACCUGCGCGAGUCCAUCGCUGAAGUCCAGGAGAUGGAGAAGUACCGCAUCGAGUCGGAGCUGGAGAAGCAGAAAGGGGUGGUCCGGCCCAGUAUGUCUCAGAGCAUGUCUGGCCUGAAGAAGGAGACGGGGAACGGGAGCAUGGGCCGCACCAGCCUGGACGACUCUUACGCCAUGGGCGAGGGCCUGAAGAGGAGUGCGCUCAGCAGCUCCUUACGGGAUCUCUCUGAAGCGGGACUCCAUCUUUAGCAGAGAGAAGCUUCCUUCCGGGAUCAUCUGAUUCCUGACAGACUUCCUCCUCCUCCUCGGGUCUGUCUGGCAGCGCUCCGGUUCAGGACCCUGUGUUGCCCUCCAUCUGCACCCACACCUCUCUCAGCGAUGUCACUUCCUCCAGGAGCUCCACCCAUAAGCACACGCCGGGAUCAUGUGAUCCGAGCCGAACGUUUAAACGGACACUUGAUGAGCCAUACCAGCCAGACCAACAGCAUCUCUCUCUCUCUCUCUCUCUCUUUCAGCGCUCGCCCACAGGUGACUCACACAAGAUUAGAAUUAAGAAAUCAUCCAUCCAUCCAUCUUCUUCCGCUCAAGAAAUUAAGAAAUCAUAUUUUGCUUAAAGAGAAUCAAGGACCAUUAAGAUCUAUUGCAUUGUGAUAGAUAUUUUCAUGACAAUUUGCAAAAAAAA